UUUUCUUACCCCGGGCAGCAGCUUUGAGUGACUAGGGCUCUGCCUACAUGGAAAAUAAAGAUACCAAAGGAUGUGUCAAUCAUCAGGAAAAAUCCUUUGAGACUGUGAGGUACAGAGAGAAACUGAAGAAGUGGCAUCCUGAUAAAAACCCAGAUAACAAAAAGGAAGCUGAAGAGAAGUCCAGGGAGAUAAUGGAAGCAUACAAAGUGCUGUCAAACUCAAACAAGCGUAACCUGGAUUGCUCCCUCCAGGACAGACAGAAUGAAAAAGGUGUGAUGCCUGCCCAUGAGAAACACAAGAGUAACACGGUAGAUGAGAAAGACUACACCAAGCCAGACAAACCAAGUUCUCAGGAUGAUGAGUUGAGUGUGGAGAAUGACAAGAGCACUUGUUCUGAGUAUGAUGACUCAACAUUUGAGUCUGAUGAUGAGUCAUCGAGUUCAGAGCAUUAUUCCACCUCGAACUCUGAUGAGUCUAAUGAAUCCAGUUCAGAGUCCAGUUCUGAGUGUAGCAGGUCAAGCUCCAAAUCAAGUGAACCAAAUUCAGAGUCAGAUUCCGAUUCCAACGAUCCAAGUCGGAAGCCUAACAAGCACCCACGUAGAAAGUCUCACAAAAGACACCGGGCAAAGCAUAACCAAUUGCCUCCUGAGAAAAAGGAUUUUCCAGUUGGGAAGUGUAAGCAGAGAAAGAGAUUGCAGACCAGGGAGAAAAACCUGCCUACUGAGAACAGCUCAUUGCACACUAGGAGCAGCAAGUCUGGUAAAGAACCUCUUGUGGAGAAUAGCGAGAGCAACAAUGGGAAGAGGAAACCCCCAACUGAGAAGAAUGGGGCCUAUGCAGAAAAGGCCAGGCAACAGAACGAAGAUUGGGAGACCCAUACGGGGAAGGCCAAGCUUCCCAAGCUAAAAACUGAGCUGCAUCGUGAGAGUAAGCUUCAUAUAGGGAACACGAAACAGCGGCAUGAGAAGUCAGAGCGAAGCACGAAGAACAAGCUUCGGAAUGGGGAAGCUGAUGCCCCCCCUGGAAAGCAUGAGAUGCAAACUGAGAAAUUUUCAGCACAGAAAUGUAGAUCCCAUCCAGGAUGUGAACCUGAUCAUGGGACAGAGCAGUGUGCUGGGCAGAAGAAACGAUCUGACAAGCAGGAGCCACGUAUUGGACACCUGAGGUACACUAGGAGGAAAACCUCACCAAUCAAAAGUAAGGAGAUGUCAGGGAGGAUGACUAAGUUGAUAUCGCCAAAGUUGAAAGACGGAAAAGCAAUACAUUCCCAAAAGGGUGAGCUGCAGGCUGGGGAAAACAAGACGCACGCCGGGAAGAGCAAGGCGAAUGUCCAAAAGAGGGCACUGAAUGAUGAGAGGAGCAGGACGAAAGGGCAGAAAAAUGAGUUGCAAGCUGUGAAGAACAACAAGGCAGUCCAGAAGAAGCAGCUGAAUGCUGGGAAGAGCAAGGUGCAGGUCCAAAACGGUGAUGGGAGAGGUAACAAAGCAGACCCCCAGCACACUGAGAGCACUGUGCCUGCUUAUACAUGGAAGGUGCCAGCUACCGUCUGGCUUGGUCCAGCAGAAAAUACAGCAAGAUUUCUCUUUGGUGGGGCCCCCGAGUUCUCUGGUGCUGGCCAAGCACCACUUCCGGCUAAAAGAAAACCACGUGGAACGAAUCAGGCCAUGCAAGCAAACCAGUGGGAAAGUAUCCAAGCCUGGAAUAGAAUAAACCAGUUAAAUCCAAGGAAGUGCAUGCUGCUUCCACAUAUUGACGCUCCAGCUCAAAAUGGAAAGGCAAGGCCUCCAUAUUUAAGUAGCCAAGGGGAAGUGUUUGAUCCAAAUGCCCCAUCUUCCUGUCCGCGAUGCUCCCAAUGCUGGUGCAAGCUCUUUCAGGACAACCUGUGAGUGUGGGUAAGUGCUGGGCACUGCCAGGAGUGAGUGUUUGAGAGUACAAUAAAGGAAGGGUCAGGAACCCAAAUUUUAUUUGUU